AUAUGUGCGGAACUUUUGAAAAUUGUUUUAAUACAUUUUACCUAUCUGGAUUACAAUUUGAAUGAAGAAAUGGGGAGCAAAGUGAAAAGUAAUGGGUACUCAGUGGUACCCAGAAUGUUGUCACACUGUGCUGAAAAGGGAAGAGAAGCUGAAGAAAUUCGAAAGAGGAUGAUUGAUGAUCUUACCAAUGAAUUACGUCCCACACAAGAAAAUUUAUCUUAUUAUAAAACAAAGAUGAGUGAGUCUAUCAAAAAAUUUGAAAGGAUACACAAUAAAAUAGAGAGAUGGCGAGAAGACUGUAAACAGUAUUCAGUUUUGGAGGAGCUUUUUCACUCACAAGCUGACGAAUUAGCUAAUCUGAAAGAAUUGCAGAGGACAACCAAUAUUUUGCUGCUUAGAGUACAAGCUGAAUCUGCCGAAAUCAUAACUAAAAAUUAUGCUUUAGUGGAAAAAUUAAAAUAUGCGAAGAAGCUUAAUGAAACUGCUAAUGAAGAACGUGCAGUUAGUAGUGAUCAAAUAGUAUUUGUCUCUUCCCAGUUGAUGCCAGUAACAGUAAAACCUCAUGAUGGAGCAAAAUUACCAGGUAAAGUAGGAAAGAAAGCUACAAAAAUAAUGAAUGCAAAAGAAAGAUGUGCAGUCAAAGGAGGAGAAAGCAUGAGCACAGUUUCAAAGGAAAGUCUGAAACAUCUCGCAGAAUUAUUCAAAGAAACAUGCAAGCGAUAUGAAGAUUAUAUACGUAACUUGAUGGAGUUCUGUGAAGAGGCUGAAAUUGAAGAAAUAAAUCAGCAAAAAACCAUUGAAAACUUGAAAACAUUAUUGGAAGCACGAGCUCAUGCUGUUGAACAUCGGAUCUUUUGUAUCACUAAAGAAUUUCGGAAAGUGAAUGAAGAAUUUUAUUGCAACGAAGAAAUUUGGCAGACAGAGAGAGAGAGAUUAAUUGAUUCAGUCAACAAAUUGUGUACUUAUGUCACAAAUGGAAAAGCAUUUUCAGAGGACUGGACCAUCUAUGGAGGGGGAUCCUCAACACAAAGAACACUCAGUGAAGAGAUAGCUGAGGAGCAUAGGGAGCUAGAAAAGAAGCUUAAAGCUUACAAGGACAAGUAUGAAACUCUAGUGGAAGAAAACGAUUGGAGUAAAAGCAAUGCAGAAAGACGCCAAAUUUUAUUAGAGAAAAAACUUGGGAAACUUAGGUCAGAAAUUACGAUGCAGAUGAAGAAUUACAAAGAACUUGACCGUAGACAAAAACUAGAAGUCGAGGGCUUUUUAAAUGAAAUAAAGAUAUUGCAAAAUCACCUGAAAAAUGUUGAGCGUAAAAUUACAAGAGGAUGUGGUAAAGAUUGUUUUGUAACUACAAGUGAGGGUUCAAAAGCAACAGAGACAACAGUGCAUAAUGUUAAAAAGAUUAGAAAGGUCAUAAAUGAUUUACUUUAUAAUUUAUCUGUCAUGCAAUCAGAUCUUUGUUGAUUGUAUUAUUGUUGUUAAGUUUCAUACACUCAAACUGUUAAUUUUAUAUAUGAUUUAAUGGCCAUACAGUUAAAUGUUCAGAUUAACUUUUAAUGCAAACUAAUGAUA